AAUGUAAGUUGACGGAAGUAGACAACAACACGACAGUAGUUGCACCUAUUAUCAUAUUUUGAAAAACAACAGAUUUUUUGUGGCAUUGACGAUGGAGAAGGACCAAGCCCUUAUUGCAGGGGAGGCAUCAGAGUCGGAUGUUGACGAAGAGGUUGCUAAUAUUGCUCAGAAUAUGACUUUCCAGGCCGAUGGUCCAACGUGUCCAAUGGCAGUAAGUGUAAGGGGUGAGGCGUCAGAAUCAGAUGGAGAUGAUAUGGCAACUGAUGACCUACCACCCUUGAAAGUUGAUGCAGCUGGUGUUGGAGAUGAGAAUGCAACUGAGCCGACGCCAGAUGAUGAAACAGGGGAAGGAUCACCAAUGAGGCAGACAAGUUGCAGCAUUAGGGACCAGGUCAAGUAUGAUACCUUGCUUCACAGAAAACUUAAGGAGAGAAAUAUAAGCCUUCGUAGGAACCUGGUGAUCAUGAAAAGUCAAGCAUACCUUAGAGCUGGGAAAGAGCUGAAAAAUACCACGCAGCAGCUUAUCAAAUCACAAAGUGCUAUACAGGAUGUCUCCAACAAUAUGAGGUUACUGACGAAUGACCUGUUCCAUCUCGAGGACAAGAUCGACAUUAUCACAUCUUGCCAGAUUCUGCCGGAUUUACAUCCACGCUCGGACCGCCAACAACCUCAGGCUGCAGCUACGUGAUGAUCAAUAACAAAUGCGAACAUACAAGUUUGACUUUAUAUUCAAAUAGACUGAAACAUUGAAACCGUUGAUUAGUUGAUGAAAUCAACUGACUAAAUUAUUUUCUGUCGGAAUAAUUGCAUCAAAAGCCUUGAUUUACAUGUACAGUAGAACCUCUCUAUUAAGGACAUCCUCGGGACUGACGAGUGCUGUCCUUAAUAGAGAUGUGUCCGCUAAGGGAGGUUCUACUGUAUCGUUCAUACUCGUUCUUGGGCCAGCGGUCUCGAUUUGACAAUCAAGAUAAUGCGAUGUAUUUGAAAUUAUUACCAAAAUGUUUCAUCCAUAAUCUAUCUGCAACCAAUUUGCCUUUAGAAAAUAAGGAAAUUAAUAAGUGUCACCAUCUGUACUAUUAUGGAUCAAACUCAUGUAUUUCGAGUGCGUUUGGCAUGUUUAGAAAGGCAGCCGCAUAGUAGGCCUACUGAUGAAUCAAAUUUAUUGAAGGGCAUGACUUGCAUAGCACAUCAGGCACAUGUGAUGGGGACAUAAAGGGAAGGAAAAGGCCAGAAGUUGUGCCAAGGCAUGCAGUUGUGCAAUAUCAAGGAAAUUCAGAAUUCAGUUCCUUGGCUACCAUCUUGUUGUUGGGAUGAUAAUUUUCAUUACAAAGGUAUAUUUAUGAAUUAACAAGAGAAAAAAUAAUUGAUGAUAUGUAUA